AUGGAGCUGGAAAUAUUUAAUAAAGUGUACUGGCACGAUCCAAAAUAUUCCACGUUCGUGCCGCCACGGGGGCGGAAUAUGCCGGGGAUUGCCCCAGGAUUCCGGCGUCCAACAGGUGCUAGAAUUUACGGUUUAAAGAGGGCUGGCAGCGGUGCUAUAAUUGUUUCCGUAUCGUCGAAUUUGGAGUUGGCUGCUAUUAUAUAA